GGCCAUGCUGGCGGGCUGUGACUCGGCCAUAGCCCAUGAGGCCCAUGCCCUGAAUCAUGCAUACUAUUUGUGCGAUGGAAUCGCUGAGAAAUGACAGCUACCUUAACACCCGUGGGAGAGAUUGUGCCGCAGCGUUUCCCCUCACGCUUCCGCCCGAUGCCCAGCAACUGCUUUAUGGUCCGAUGUUGUCGACAUCACACAGAUCAUAGUGAAUCGUUCCUCAACCGCAUCAAUUAUCUGUAGCUCCGUGAUUCCGAUCUCAUUCCAUACAGCUCGACGCAAUGGAAAGCUCUGCGCUUACCCCGUCAGGGUCAGGGGCUGCUCAAAACCAGCUGACGCAACAAGGUUCCGUCGACUGGAUCCAGCUAGCCAAAACGACGAUAUCUUUCCCAAUGUCGGUUUUGGCACGGCUUGCUGCCGCGGACAUCGCGCCACAUACCAUCGUGGUUGGACAAAGCAUAUCGUCAGCUUUUGUCCUAUCCACGCAAGGGAUGGAGCGAUUCACGGAAGCAUUGAAAAGCCUCCCCAGUUGCUCCAGCAUCGGAGACGUCAUCUGGUUCGGUUUCGGAAUCCGACACAUUGUGAGAGAGAUUGCCCAGACUGUUCAGGGUGCGACCCUCCUCACGCUCUGUGCAAGUCUCGCGGAGCUCCAGUCGGCGAAGGCCUGUGCGGCAAUCCUGAUGCACUUUACCCGUGUAUCUGGAGCGCCGAGUGAACUGCAGCCAUCGCCGCAGCAGUGGAUCAACAUGGUCGAGGCGUGUUCGGGAAUCCUGCGACCAACAACCUUUGGAUGCAUCGCCGACCAGUUCAUGGCUUUUUCUGCUGUCAGCGACUCUUCUCAGCAAGGCGAGCCGGAGGACGUUGCUAGAGCGCUUCAUGCCGUUGCGCUUGUCUCAUCAAACGCCAUGCAUUCGGUCACAUUGGUUGGUGGUCCGUCCUGUGGAUGGAUCGCGGCGUUUGGCUUCUUUUUCCUUGGCCUCGACGUUGAGAUCCGUAGGGACAGUGGCAGUACUCUUUGUUACCGAUCUGCGGCCGACGAAAACCAAGUUCGCAUCUUCGUACACUACGACGGAUCUUCGACAUCCCGCGAGCUUCAAGUCUGCAAAAUGGCCUAUCGCGUCAGAACAAUAAACAAAUACAUUUCCAGCUUGGACGACAGGUACGAUCAUAUAAUGUCUGGCUCGGUGCCCUGGGAAAGCUGCCUCAGUGAGGCCUUCGGAGACUCGGCCCUUAAGCUACUGGAAGCCAGGCAGCAGUUCGGAAAUAUGAUCAGCUCCGCUGCUCGAGUAUUUCAGGGGUUGACGAAAGCCGAGCCCAGCGGUCAUUUCACACCGCAAGAUUUCCAGGCGUGGUUUGGGUUUCAGUCCGGUCAAAGCGGGUUUGGGUUCAUCGACGCUGCCGUUUUCUGGUUUCCGGAACUGGCAUCUCUGAGGACUUAUAUCUCGCCGAAUCUGAGCAUGUCUCUUGGAGAUGCCGUGGAAGCAUACGAUCAAGCCACACUGCAGGUUGGGACUCUCUGUGGCUGCCAUGUGUGCCGCGACGGUGGCCGGCUCCUCGGUUCGGCGGAGUACUGCCUUACAGGCUUGGCUGUGACACUGAUAUUCCUUGUCUGGAAUCUCUCCGGCCUGCAGCUCGGUGCCGAUCUCAAGCCGUACCGGUCAGGACUCAGACACGUGUACCAGCUCCACGUGCCUGGGAACCCGGAGUUCGCGAUUGAAGGGGAACGAAUCUCGGGUUACCAUACCGUUGAGACGCUCAUAAGCCACCUUAACCUUGCGUCGGUAUAUCAUACUGCCCAGUUCCUCUUCACAACGAAUCUCUAUCCGCAACGCAGCGGUAGAUUCACUGCUGCGGCCGUCGGUGGUAUAUGUUUCUACUUCGAUGUCCUUCGGGAGGUCUCGGAUGACCCAGGAAGCACUGCGAUCCUCCACGUACUUCCCGGUAGCAUUGCAACAGCGCAUGGCAGGAAGUAUCUGCAUGUCGUCGACAAGAUGGGUAUGGGCUCGGACGGUUUCCUAAGACUUCAUUGGACAAGGGGGUGGAAGGCAUUGGAGCAAGUCCCCCAGUUUACGCUGAAUUAUCCUUGCGACGCAACCAGCACAUUCGGUGCCGACGACUCUGUGCUAUUGAAGGACACAGGAAGCCAUGGUCUCGAGGCUUCCCUCAUCGUCGAGGAGUCCCCCGAGGCCUUGCUCGCCGACCUCUAUGUAUCAGGUCCGCGGGGCUCCUGCCGGGUGGGAGUCUAUACAAUGCUGAGGGAGAUCAUGGAAAGUUCGGGUCUGGUGCACUGCUCCCACCCCAGCUGCGCUGCCUUUCAACGACCCUUAGGGGACGUGGUUCUAGUGGAUGGAGAGGGCUCUAUCCCAGAAACCAAGCGAUGGGUGCUCUACAUCCGGCGGCUCACUGGCAAUGCCCUUGCCAGAUGCGUUGGGAUUCUCGUCAGGAGAAGCUGGGUGGAUCAUAUUAUACUACGGAGGAGGGAGUGCAUAGCGUGUUGCAUGACAGCCGCCGAGAUCUAUCCCCGACUCGUUUACCUUGUUCUGUAAGACGUGAGGUUGGCUCACAAAAAUCUGGUCUUUGCAGGGAGGCAAAAUGGGCGUCGUACAGGAGGGUUAACACAACUGAAUUCAAGACCAAGUCUGGAAG